AUGACGCUGACAGCAUUAUCGCAUAAACCGUCGCAACCUUCGAUGAGCAAAUGGCGUCGAGGUUUCCAUAUAUUUUCAAAAUGGUCAUCCAAAAAACGUAAUCAUUCUCCCACGACGAUAGCGGCUGCAACCGAAAAGUAUGUGAGACACCGGUCGACACAACCUACCGUGAAAUGCGAAGAUUUGACGGCCAAGGAGUUUGCUCAACUAACAGGCAUCAAGAUUAUUCAAUCACACCAUGAUGAUAUCGAGGAUGAUGAUGACAGUGAUCAAAACGGAGACAGUCAUCUGGACAUCCAUGCUGCUACGGUGGGUUAUCCAUUGACGGUUCACUCGAGUCGCACCGCCAUGUCCUCGGAAUCUCGCAAGCCAGCGUCUUUACCGAGAAUUUGGGAUUCCGAUUUUUGGCAUGGUUCUUAUCGAAAGUCUUUACCUGUGAGUUACGUAUCCUCGGCUUCAAAUCAUACCGCAAUAUCAUCCGUGGGUUCAAUGUCCUCAUCGGGGUCUACUGCUGGUGCAAGCUCGACGUCUCAUGAUACACCAUUUAUAUCCCAUUUGCGUCGGAGAUCGAUAGCCAAUGAUACGAAUUCUAUGCAACGAGGUACCAGCAUCAUUCGUAAAGGGCGGUUCAAAAUCGUUUUGGGACCAGAAACGGGAGACACGCCACCACCUACCCCUGUUUUCGAGCAAUGUGUUGAAUGGAAGCGGAAACGAAACCCUUCCAACCCACCGUCGCCGUGA